UUUACGGCAAUGGCGACUUACUGGUGAACGUUUGCGAUCGACCCAAGACCUGAGAAGUAACACCCAUUUAGAGGUUUAUUGGAAGAAUAGCACCAUGGUGUGCAAAAAUGAAGUAUUGUCGUGGUUUAAGGAACUCAAUAUAUUUAAAAGACUUGAUUUUGUGUGUGCUUUGAUGGACUGUUGUAACCCAAUUGAGUUGCGUUUUCUAGGGACGUAUGUUGAAGACCUCGGCCGCAAGGACUAUGAUCGGCUGAGGGAAUUCCAAAUUCAUGCCAGCAACGUCCAGUAUUUAUCAAAACUUACAGACGUGAAUGACAUAAGAACACUGGAUAAAAUGCUAACUAGUUUAGCAUUAAUGGAUUCCACAUUUAAAGAGGGUGCUGAGGUUAUUUUCGAUAUACUUAAACAGCAUACGGACACAAUUCUAUAUUCCUACCAAACAUCGGUGUCUAUCGAGCGAGUUGUGUUGUUGGCUGUGAUGGCUGUAAAUCAUCCAGCCUUCGAAUUCAGUCAGAAACAGGCUCUGCGAACUCAGCUCUCUGUCCUCCUUCAAGCCGUGGAAGUUAAUGAUGCUGCAUGCAAUCAGUGUGAUAAUAUUAAUGAUCCAAUAGAAGAAGCAUCACCAUGUAGUGAGGAAAUAUUGGUGGCACAACCUUCAAUAAAACAAGUACAUUCAAACAAAGUUUUUGUUCAAAGUAUCGAAGUAAAAGGCUAUAAUCGAUCAUCAGACAAACGAUAUGAAUAUACAUUUCAGUUAUUGAAUCUGUUUCCAGAGCAAGCUGGCGAACAUAAAUCAAUGAUGCCGUACCUUGGAGGUAAGCGUAUCUCAAGUACAGCACACAAAGGAGAGCUGGCAGAGAAAACGCUGCCAGACAUCGAGGAGUAUGUGAGACAACUCAGUACUCUUCCACAACACAUUUUACAAUGUCAACAUGUGGUGUCAUUCUUCAGCCCAUCCAGUGCCCCUACCCCAGGGAGUCAACCAGUACUGCCAGGCGUAAUCCCCGAUGAGGCGCUCAUAUUACCAGAUACAAACACUCCAGCUAAUGUAGAUUAUAAGCAGCAGGUAGUGUGUGACCAGCUACAUAGCGGCACACUUGAUCAUGUAGCUAAUGAUCUCAAUGAACCGGCUGAAUGUUUACGGUCCAAUGACCAACCAAAUGAGGAUUACGCCCCAGACGCUUGCCAAUUCGCUACCCCACCAGCUUGCCACAAAGAUUCGGACGUCAAUGUAGAACUUGCUCCUGGUUAUCACAUACCCAACGAUACAUUGGUGACGUCCAUAGAAAAUAGUAGCAAGAUGGUGUACUCAACUACAGUGACAUCGCCGUCGAUACACGCCACCAACAUCCCCGCCAAUCCACAUCACAUUCAACCAAUUUGCCCACAGGGUAGUUACGACAACCAAAGAGUACAGAAUAGGCGAGAUGGAAUAAUUGUUACGUCUCCAAGAGUUUUAAAUUCCAAGACUCACUCAAGACAAGCAUGGCCAGCCUACAAUCAAGCAAUAUCGUCUCAUGUGCUAUAUGGCACACAGUUACAAGUGAUGCCUUACCCUGCCACUGUAGCGAGCGAUAUGGUAGCGCCACUCAUCCAAGAGUGGCUCAAGAAGCAAAGGCUACACAAGUAUAACGCUCUUUUCCAAGGCAUGACUGUAGAGCAAGUAUUGAAGUUAAGUGAACAGGAAAUUGAUUCGUGGGAAAUUGUGACUGGGGCCAAAGGUCGUAUCAAGACACAACUAGAACAAUUAAGGAAAAAUGGAUUUUCGGAACUGAAUGGUCUUGCAGCAAGUAUGCCUCCGUAUUAUCCAGUAGCUGGCAGUCCUAAUAGGAUAUAUUAUGGCCCUGUCAAUCAUGGACUUUAUCAUUCAGAUAAUAGACUACCACCGCAUGGACUCUCGUUACCUGUUAGGCAUACAAGUGAAACUGCUAGUUCGGAUGCGUCAAGUCCUUUGUCUUCAAGUUCAGAUGAAAAUGAACGGGAUUCUGAAGGAAGUGAGAAUUCAAUACCCGAAACCAAGAUGGCUUCCAGUAGCGCUACAUGUGUCCUUCCUACCAGCAGCAGUAGUAGCAGCAAUAUAGCAACUCUCCACACACCUGUACUCAAUAGCAAUUGCGUAGCAGCGGCAAGUCCGCAGCUUAGUCCUGUACACCUAUCACAACCCACCUUGAAUACUAAACGGACAGAUGCUCCGGUUUUUGACGACCACACGGUCAAGCUUAACAUGCCCGGUUCACUUCCUCUGAUACCCGAUGCUUCUUUAGAAAUGAACACUGGACAAGGCCAGACAUUUAGCAAUUUGCCAGAAUCUAGAAACAGUGUUGAUUGUGCAUCCGGAAAACCUAAUAAAAACAAAUUGCCAGUGUAUAGUUCAAGCCUGGAAUAUCGUUUAAAUCCUGCACCGUUGGUUGUGGAACAGCCUGGACAAGACUUACGAUAUCCAUGCUAUACGGAAGCAAUGAAUCGUGGUUGCGUAACAAACUCCAGUCCAGGUAACAGAGUAGAUAUUACAUUUGGUAAUGUACCGCUUUCGCUUGCCUCUCCAUGUGGACGUACUGGAGAAAUGCCGCAGGUAGGCACAGGUAUUGUUGGUUCAAAAGUCCCUGUUGAACAUACGCCUUACAGUGUUGCUAGGACAAUGUAUUCGCCUUCCUCGCAAAGUAUAUACCCAUCCAGUAGCCAACAUCAGACAAGAGUAAGCUCUGAAACUUAUAUUGCACCGACCACAGUAACAUUUUCAACUACCACUGCGCCUGUACUGGCGCUCGGCAAUAACAGCACAUACACUAACGAAAGUACUUUGGGAAUUACCUACAAUAACAAUCACACCACGUAUGGUACGAACUCAUUGCUUGCCUGCACAACGUGUAACUCUAGCAUACCGUGCGGUAAUGCCCCUCCGCACAGUAAUCUACACGUUCCAUAUAAUAGUUACGUACCCCAAGGUGCUAUUGCUUAUCAGAAUUUCAGUAACUAUUAUCACCAAGGCGGCAUUAUGCAGCCCAACAGUUUGAUCAAUCAGGGAAUACCGAGCAGUCCACGGUACGCUAACGUUCCUCCACCACCAUUCCAAAACAACCUAGCCGGCGAGCUUGCCGCAUACGGGAAUGGACAUUAUGGAAUUAUGCAUCAGCAUGGUCACAUGUAUGUAGGCAUGGGUAUUGGACACAGGCCAGGACCUACGCAUCAUGGCCAUUUAGGAAAUCCGGGAAUGGUCAGUAAAAAGAUGACCUGCUACAACUGCGGCUUGCCGGGUCAUAAGGCCACAGAAUGUCGAGAACAAUGCAUGCAGACAAUAACUCAACAGAGCCAGUACAACUUGAAUUUUAAACCAAUUGAACAUAGUGAAUCAAGCAAAAGCUAGUAGAUGUAAUAGAGACAGCAAGUAACUGUCUACUCAAAAAUACUAAUAGAACUUGUGGAGAGAAAAAAUGUGGAAGUUAAAAUCAAGAGAAGAUAUUGGUGCUUUGAGGGCAGAAAUUUACUAUAGUAACAAGAUUUUUUUCUGUACUCUGAAAAACGUGAAGUGUCACGCUGUUGAACCCACUUCUUUUUUGGUAUGCCUGCCUUAAUUGGCAUUUAUUUUUUUUUUUUUUAUCGGAGCAUGUAAGCCAUUGUAUAUGGGCCUUAAAAAUUUAUUGAGAUAUUUUCAGCAUGUUGUGUCUUUAAAAGAUGUAUAUAGUGUUUAUAUUGUAGAAUUAAGUAUUUUGAAGAGCCAAAAUGUAGCUAAAAUGUUUUAACGAUGUCAUGAUAUGAUAAUGAGGAGUUUAUAUGGCCAUUUUACAAUACGUUGGAGAUUGGAGAGAAAAAUUGAAGAACUUAAUUUUACUUUUUAUUUUUUAUUUUAUUUUUUUUUUUUGAGUGAAAGAUAUUUACCAAAUAUAAAUGAGCCAACUGAUAGAUUAUGGUGGUUGUCUGGGUUAAUAGGAUUUAAAUAGUCACUGAGAACUCUACUAUUUGGAUUCAAUGUGGCCACUUGUUGUCAGGGAAUGAAAUAUUCUAAAUUAUUUGUUUUCAUCCUGCAUUUGUUGGUCUUACUUUUCUUUAAACAUUACCUUGUCUUUAACAUUCUUUGCAUUUUGUUUAUUUUGUUCCUCUUUUUUAAUUCUUUCUCCUUGCUUUUCUGUCCAUUAACAUAUCCAUCAUCAUCAUCAUCUUCUGUUAUUGUGCAUAACCUUGGUUGAGUAUACUUGCAAAAUGUGUUUGUACAGUACUCAUAUAUGUCACAAUCAAAAGGGAAAGAAAAGUAAAUAAAUAAAUAUAAAUAAAAAAUAAAAUAAAACAUUAUCUUGAACUCAUUGGCAUUGCUAUAGUUACUCUCGAAUGAUAAUAUCCAAUGUUGACCGUAUGCGGUGCAACACCUGAUUGGAUGAUUCAAAGUUUUAAGAAUAUAUGUUCAGGUGGUCAGUAACUGGCCCAAAGGCUUGACAGUUAUUGACCAGGCAAUAAGUGACCACAAAAACUAGACAACCACAGUAAUCACUGGCCAUACAUAAAUAGGCUGACCGCACAGGAGGUAAACAAAAACUAGAUGACAAUCAUGCUGGCAUUUUCCAGUACAUGUCCGCCUCACAUGGUCCGAUUCCAAACUAGACCACUAAUUACCAACCGCGCUGGAUAAACGUGUGCUGUUAUUAGUCGGCUGUUUAUCUUAAAUAGCACUUUGUCAAAAUUACAUUACCAAAUAUUUACUAUCAGAGUUGAGGGCGCCAGGUUGUUAUUCGAUGGGUGCCCUUCAACUACCAAUAUCAUAGUUUACGCAUUCCUCUCAGCUUUUUUUGCUGCAUUUGUGAGGUGUAAUAUAAUAAGAUAAAGUUAGUGUUAAAGGCAAUAUGUCGAAUCUUCCUGUAGUUAACAGUGGAUAAGCCUAAGACAAGGUGCUGUACUUAGCUACUCAGUAUUUUGCUGUUACUCAAGAAUUUAUCUGGGACUAAACUUUUUUUUUUUAGUAAAGAAGAUUUUUAUUCGUUGACAUUAUAGCAAUAUUGUAUUAAUUAUCAUUACCCAUCUCAUACGUUGUUGCAUAGGCAUAACAAAAGAACCAGUAACUCCUAGCACUAUAGUACAGUAAAUAACACAACUCCAUAUAUGAGACAACUCCAUAUAUGACUCAAAAUAUAAAUAUAGCAAGUAUGUAAUUCUUAUAUGUCAUUCUGCUUCAGAUUGUAAUAACAGUAGAAAUACUGCAUUGUAUUGGUGCUAAUACAUUAUAAUAAUAAUAAUAAUCCUAUUUUUUUGUUUGACUUGAUAUUGAUAUUAUAUUUAGAUUUAUUUUUGAGAAGUUUUUUCUUGGCUUGAAAAGAUUACUUAUGUCCACCUUGUGAUGGGUGAUCUUGUAUUUCAUCACAUAUCUUUAUAUUAUAUACUGUAUUGUUGCUAGAUAUAUUUAUAUAUAAUGUUAUCAGUAAAUGUUAAAUCUCCCUAUGUAUAUUUGAUUAAAACAUGGUUAUAUUUAGCAAAAAUUGCCUUUGCUCUGAACAAUAAAGUACUUGUUGAGGGAACUACUUUUCUUGAGAGCAGGGUUUGUGUUAAUGUGUUAACCGAUUCAGACAUACUAUGCGCAAUAACACAGCUUGGAUUGUGAUUAAUUAUUUAACAAUAUCUCAUUAAUAAAACCAGAAGAGGCUUUAAUUUUUUUAAUUUUUUUUUUUGUUGGGGUGGGAGGGCGGGUUCUGAAAGGGUGCAAACGGGUGUUACAUAGGUGAAAUUUAAUAGAAUCCUAAUCUAAUUGUCUCUGAGAAGCGGAUACAUUCCCCUGUGCUGACUGCUGAGAUUGCUAAUACAAUACGAUUCCAAAAGUGUUUCCCCCACCCUGUUAAUAAUACCUUGGAUUUCCCCAUAAUUGGAACAAGUACAUUUUGAUAUGUACUGCAGCUUUUAUUGCUUACUGUACAUUUGAAAGUACAAUAUUUGUGCCAUGGAGCUAAAACCCUGUUGCACCAUUACUUCUGCUACCUAGUAACUGGCAUUAUAAAGUAUAAAUAUUGAGAAAUUCAAACUUAUCUCUUCUUUCAUGCAUACCUUCUAUAUGUACAUUUGUUCUUUAAGUGUUCAUUAUUUGUGCCAUGGAGCUGGAACUGUGUACUUCUGCUACCUAAGGCUAAACCAGCUUUACUACAAAUUGAAUGCGUUGUCCAAAACACAGUUGCCAUGAUAAAUCUUGCAUCAGAAACCUGUGAGAAAUUUCUCAGGUCUGUGAGAUAUUUGAUUAUGACCACUGUGCCCGAUAAUGUACUCACUUAAAUAUCCAGUUCUGGAUAUGUAAUACUGAAAUUGAUUUGUGUUAUCAGUUCUAUGUUAGAUGUAAAACAUGUUUGCAAAUAUUCUUGUUUUUGGGGGUUAUAUAAAGCUAUAGUAUGUAUGAGUGUUUUCAGUACAUUGUUUUAAAUGAAGCAAUUAUAACUAAAAACAAGUUUGGUAGGCAAAAUCAAAUGUUAAUUUUGAAGUUGUUUGAUUUUUGUCAUUUGUUUCAAAUGUUUGCCAAUAUGAAUGAAUUCCUUUUGAUAAACGUUAUUAUGUCAUUGAUUCGAAGCAUUUUAAUUGUCCGAUCUAGUAAAAUAUUGGUUACACGUUGAUGCCUUCUGUGUGUGAUUCAUGGAUGCAGCGGAAAAUAUUGCAGGUUUUUAUUUUCAUGAAGUUAAAAUUUACAGCCCAAGUGUGAAAGGUAAUUAGGAAAUCUAACCACUGUGUGCACCCAUGCAUUACAAAUUCGAUUAACAGACAAACAUUUGUGAAGUAAUUGGAUUGCGAUGUCCGAAUCUAAACAGAAAUUAUGCUUUUUAUUACUUUCUAACAACUUCACUGUUAUAUCUUCAACCGUGACAUUGUAGAAAUCGGUAUCUUACCAUUUGUAUUACAAAAACAAAUUGACAAAAAAACAAGAGUUAAUGUAUUUUAUACAAGAAUGUUUUAGCGAUUAGUUACUGUUGGCAUACUUUUAAAAUGUCUUUUAUUGCAAUGGAUUCAUUUAUUGGUAUAUUAAAACCAUACUUCAGUUACUAUUAGGAAAUCCCUACAGUGUAUGUACUAAAUCUUAUGAAUUUUAAGUGUUUUUAUGUCUCUUUUUGUUAUAAAAUUUGUGUUAUAGUGUGUGAUAAUUGCCCUUUUAGCAUUAGAUUUCAUUCUUUAUGAUGUUUCGCCAGUUAUAAACUUUUAAUUUUCUUUAAUCUUGUCAUCUGAUUUCCUAAAUAGCACCUUUGAUCCAAAACUUAUAUAAGCUGAUUUUUGUUUUUUGAAGACCAGAAUAAUUAACCGAAAUUGAACUUUAUUUAGGUGUUUUUGUUAUUAUUGUGUUUCAUGCCAUUUGUUAAUUAUGUCCUACAUUAUAGGUAAGAUGUUCAUUUAAGAGAGUUUAAUGAUGUUUUUAUUUAGUAAGGAUAAUCAGAAGUAUGUAUGUAUAUUAUAUGAAUGGGUAUCAUGACAGGUGUAAUCUCCUUGUAGAUAUUAUAAAUUGAGUAUUUUAAACAAAGAAAAGUGUGUUCAUGUUAAAGAAAAAUGUAAAAAAAAACAUACAAUAGCAAUUUAUAUACACAAUAUGAAGGAAUGUGUGCUGUUGAAAACUACACUAAAGUAUAGCUGCUGUUCUCGAGGCUUGAACAAAGCCUCGCGGUUUUAAGCGAACCUGCUCACUUUGGUGAGUGAAUCGCAAUGACUAGUACGUUCGAAUUACGUAAGUGUAACAUAUAGUGCCCUCUACGGCCUAAUAAUAAUUAUCGUUGUCAGUACUACUAUUCAACUAACUGUCCAAUAUAGGAAUACAGAUUUUGAGAAUAGGGGGUUAUGUGCGAAAUGGCAUUAACAUAGAGGGCAGUACAGGUUCAUUCCUGUCCGAUUGUGUAGCUUUACAAGUCGGUCAUUUACCGACUUCUACAAAAAAACGCAGGUCUUAUACAUUGCUUGUCUAGAUAGGCACACACUGUCGUAUAUUUCUAGAAAGGUGGUUGAAAUAUUUUAUCUGCUCAACUCCAGUGUACAGUGUAUCAGUUUAUCAUUGAAUUGUUCAAUUGCUUAACAAGUUCAAACUUAAAUAUUAA